AUGGGCACUCGGCAUGCUACCACUGCUAAACUGUCGAAGUCACGUUGCACAACCUUGGGUUCCUUCCUAGCAUCAAAAUUCCUUAUAACAACCGUGCGACAAUAUCGGAGUAACCGGAAGCUUGAGAAGUUGGGAAGGCGAAGUGAGCUUUUUGGUGCUAGGAUCAUACGAUGGUCAAGGAUGAAUAAAUUUACCAUAUUGUAA